GGGAGCUGCUCUCGCUCGCUCGCUCGCCUGAUCGCCAGCUCCCGCCCGCUCUCGCCUGCUGCUGGCUCCCCGCGGCCCCCGGGUCUGCUCGCCGGGCCCUCGCCCUCGGCUCUGGCCCUCGCCGUUCAGCGCCGCCCGGCGCGCGGGGCCGAUGAGCGCGGGUCUGUAGCGCGCGCGCCCGCGGAGCCCGAGCGCAGCCCCCAGGUCCCUCCUGAGGUGCCCCUGACCAUCCCUGCCCACCCCACCCCGGAUCCCGGCAAUGCUAACCGCUGUCUGCGGCUCUCUGGGCAGCCAGCACCCGGACGCGCCUCACGCCUCCCCGCCGCGCCUCGACCUGCAGCCGCUCCAGACAUACCAAGGCCACACGAGCCCGGAGGCCGGGGACUACCCCUCCCCGCUGCAGCCUGCCGAGCUGCAGAGCCUCCCGCUGGGCCCGGAGGUGGACUUCUCCCAGGGCUAUGAACUGCCGGGGGCCUCCUCGCGGGUGACCUGCGAGGACCUGGAAAGCGACAGUCCCCUAACCCCAGGACCCUUUUCCAAGCUCCUGCAGCCGGACAUGUCGCACCAUUACGAAUCGUGGUUCCGGCCGACCCACCCCGGCACGGAGGACGGCUCGUGGUGGGACCUUCAUCCGGGCACCAGCUGGAUGGACCUCCCCCACACUCAGGGCGCUCUCGCCUCCCCCGGCCACCCGGGGGCGCUCCAGGCUGGCUUGGGGGGCUACGUCGGCGACCACCAGCUCUGCGCCCCGCCGCCCCACCCGCACCCGCACCCGCACCACCUCCUCCCGGCCGCCGGGGGGCAGCACCUCCUGGGGCCGCCCGACGGAGCCAAGGCUUUGGAAGCGGCCGCGCCCGAAUCCCAAGGGCUGGAUUCCAGUCUGGACGCGGCGGCCCGACCCAAAGGCUCCCGGCGAUCGGUGCCCCGCAGCUCGGGCCAGACCGUGUGUCGCUGCCCCAACUGCAUGGAGGCCGAGCGGCUGGGGGCCCCGUGCGGGCCCGACGGGAGCAAGAAGAAGCACUUGCACAAUUGCCACAUCCCAGGCUGCGGGAAAGCCUACGCCAAGACGUCGCACCUGAAGGCGCACCUGCGCUGGCACAGCGGCGACCGUCCCUUCGUGUGCAACUGGCUCUUCUGCGGCAAGCGCUUCACGCGCUCCGACGAGCUGCAGCGCCACCUCCAGACCCACACGGGCACCAAGAAGUUCCCCUGCGCCGUGUGCAGCCGCGUCUUCAUGCGCAGCGACCACCUGGCCAAGCACAUGAAGACCCACGAGGGCGCCAAGGAGGAGGCGGCGGCUGGGGCGGCCCCGGGCGAGGCCAAGGCCGGGGGCGCGGUGGAGCCUCCCGCGGGCAAAAGCAAGCGGGAGGCUGAGGGCAGCGCGGCGCCCUCCAACUGAGCCGCUCCUGGCGGCCGCCUCCCCGCCGGCUCCGUGGGGGGGUCCGAGGAGAGCCCCGGCCGGGCGUCUUGGGGGGCUGCUUGAGUACGGGGAGGUGGUUAUUUAUUGAGCGGGGCCGGUGGCGGGCGCCAGGUUUAGGGUUUGGGAACGCGGGGGCAGGGCUGCCAAGCCCUUCCGUCCUUCCUGGGGGCCGAGAGGGGGCACCCCCGCCCGCGCCUACGGGUGGCGGAGCCGGCUGGAGAGAGGAUGGCGCGUCCCCGAGCUGAGGAGGGCCGGCGGGGCGUUGGGGGAGCUGUCUGGACACGUCCCCAGAGCCUGGGAACCCCGACAUAAAAGCGCCUCCUCCGGAGCCGCCCUGCGGCCUGGCCCUUUUCAUCCCCCUCCCCGUACUCCCGCCCCUAGGGUUUCCGGAGGGAGAGCUGGGCGGCUGGGGGUCCCCUUUCCUGGGUCCCCUUAGCAGGGAUGGCUCUCUAACUUGGAGGGCUGUUGAUGUAGAGUAGAUCUUUUGAUGUUGCCUUCCUGUUAACCCUUCCAGAUAAGUCUGAUGGAGCCACGUAGGAAGAGGGGACAGUUUUCAGGCCAGAGUGGCGGGUGCAGGGCAGAGUUAGAUGGGAAGGGGGAGGGGGAAGCGGGAAGUCCCCUUCCGAAAAAAAUUUUUUAAAAUAGAGAAAGGGAUUUGGGGGGGGGGGAGUGGAAGGAACUAUAACCCCUUCCCUCAUCAACUAGUUCAGUCCUUUACUCUUGGUCUUUCCAAAAAUGAAAGUCACAUUCCCCAUCUCUGGCCCUAGGUCGGUGGUUAAGGCUCUAGAACUGAUGUAGUUCCUUAUUCGAGGUCCCCACUCUGUACCUUCCCCUUGGGACGGAAGGGAGGUUACUGGGGCUAGGAGGAGCUGAGCCUGGGUCCCAGCAGGGGGUUCCCAGCCGCUGGCGGAGGACCCAGCCCCUGCCAGGCCUCUCCUGCUCCGCGAAGCGAAGCCGAAGCCCGGGCUCUAGCCUGACACUUCCGGUCCCUUGCCCCUGCUGAAGACCCGCCUCCGGCCUUCUGUAUGAAGAAGUCCUCCCCCCGGGAAGGGAUUCAGGAAGCUGUCUCCAUCCCUCCGUUUCCCUUUAGAUUCUAGGAAUAUAUAUGGAUUAUGAUCGCGGGGGCGGGGCAGGGAGAAGCCAGGAGGAGGCCGAGCCAGGCAGAGGGGAAGAGGAUGCCUGGGAGGGUCUGGCAGGCCAGGGGACCCUGGAGCUGGGGACAUUCCCAGGCCUGACAGAGGCCUCUAGUCCCUCUGACCUUCGCUUCCUCCCGCUCCCCUCCACCCAGAGCCCUCUGCAGGGAUUAGCUGUGCAUUGAUUUUUAAGUUAUAAGCAAAGGGUAUUUUAUUUAAUAUUAGGGCAUGUGAGUGAGUGUGUGUGUGAGUGAGUGAGCGUGUGUGUUUCUCUACUGAGCCUGGGGUCGCUGAGACCCCAUCUUGUCCACCCUGUCCAAGGACUGGGAGCUCGAUGGGAAGCAGGGGCUGGAAUCUGGGUUGGAAAAUGUGUUUGUGCAGGGAGGGCUCCUCCUUCAAAGGGACAGGGUGGAGUUCCCCCGUGGGACUCAGGGGCCUGGGGCAGGGUAAGAAGUAAGCUUCUUUCUUUAUACUCCCCCUUUUCCCCACCUCCUGCUAAUCCAGCCUAGGUCCCCUUCCUCGAGGGGAGGGGCGGGCCAUUGUGCACUGUGCUCGGCAGGCUGGAUGGCCUGGCCAGAGGGGAGAAAGGAGGGCACCGUGGGUGUGGGAUGCUUUUCUCCUCCACCCAUCGAAACCAGCCACCCCUCCCUGUGCCACCACCAUGGCCUUUUCCAGUGACCAUUCCAAGGGGGAACUCCCAAGUGGGUGUUGGCAAUGGGGGGCACCGAUGUUCCCCCUUCUAGAGACCCUGUCCCCUAAAGUAUGCAGGCAGGGGCUUUGGAUAGGUUUUCUUCUGCUCCCCUUUCAUAGAUCUAGGUUUCUUGGCUGCCUGCCCUUUUAGGCAGCCCCCCUAGAGGAAAAUGUAGGAUUUUUUUUCUUUGCUGUGAACCCACCUUGGGGGGGAGGAGGAGGAGGAGGAAGAAACAGCCUGUGUUUUUUAUGCAACAAUAAAGUCAUCAACAGCA